ACCAUGGGCUACCAGAUUCAUCAGUCUUGCUGUGCUUUCUCUACUGUUUUGCUGCCUUCCCGGGUGCCAAAUGGCAUUGAUACACAUUGCCUGGAUGGCUCCGGAAAAGCGCUACUCGUACUUCAAUGCCUCCAGCAGCGCCGGGGCAUUAGCAUUAGCAUUGGAAGAUGUCAUUGAUAUGGACAUACUACCAGGAUACGAAUUCAACAUCACGUGGAUAAACUCUGACUGCAGUAGUCAACAGAGUAUUGGAAAACUGGUUGAUUUAUUAAACUCCAUGGAGGUAGAUUUCAUUCUGGGGCCACCAUGCACCAAUGCAAUGAUACCAGUAGCUGAACUGGCAGCUUACCGUAACAUUCCUGUGUUCAGUUGGACUUCAAACAGCAAAGAACUGGACGAUAAGGAGUCCUUCUCUACCCUCGUCAGAACGUUGCCACCAGUCUCAUCACUGGGAAGCAUGUUUACGAUGGUGUUUAAACCGUUCAAUUGGACUCGAGCCGUUAUGAUCUCUACCCAUGAAUCCCAACAAGCGGACGUAGCCGAUUCCAUUGAAGCCGUCUUCGAAUAUUUCUCCAAACUUGGGCUAAAGCUUGUCCGACAUUACUCCAUUCUUCAGCAAGUGGAGACAGAAAAGAACAUACGAUCGGUGUAUACCACCAUAAGACGAGAGGCCAGAAUUGUGAUAUUGGUAGUUCCAAUCAAUGAAAUCAGAAAAUACAUGAUCAUCGCAGACGACAUGGACAUGACGGACGGGACAUACCAAUUCCUGUACACUCAGCAGAAGAUCCAGAACGAGGACGAUCUGCAAAUGCUACAGAGUGAGCAUGUCUGGAGGAGAUGGGACGGCAAGGAUGAGCAGGCCUUUCGGGGAUUCCACAAUCUACUCCUGAUGGUACUUGGGGGAAGCGAAAGUAACUUCACCGUAUUUAAAGAAGAUACGUACAAGGCAAUAUCAAAAGAGCCCUGGAGAACGCUACUUCCUGACCCUUGCCAGCCGGACGAGUACUCCCCCUUUCUAUAUGACGCCGUCAUGUUGUUCGCGCUGGUUUGUAAUCGAACUCUCCAGAUUGGGAGGAAAAUAUCGGGAGAAAGUAUAAAGGAACUGGCCUACCUAACUUAUUUUGAAGGAAAAACGGGUCAAGUCAUUCUAUCUCCUGCCGCUGAUCGACAGCCGACAUUUUGGAUAUUUGACCUCAAUUCACAAGGCCAUUUUAAUUUGGUAAUCUCAAUAGACAACGUUGUGAAGAAUGGGACGACAGAAAUGGAACCCAAUAUCCGCGGAGAGAUUUUAUGGGGUGACGGUACCGUCUAUAGCAAGGACAACAAACAUGUUCCAUCUGAUAUACCCGUAUGUGGUUUUGAGGACGAGUUGUGUCACAUGACUAGUGACCACAUUAUUGAAACGGUCGUUCCGGGGGUCAUCGGGGGAACAUUCGCCAUAUUUGCAGUUCUAGGUUUUGUUAUUUGGAGGCGGAUAAAAUACGAAAGAGAACUGGGAAACAUGAUCUGGAAGGUUCCUUAUUCAGAGCUCCGAACGAGUAACACUCGCCAGGACUCCUCGUUUACACGGAUGGGAUCUCUGCGGAGUGUUAUCAGUAUGAGUAGUCACAACCUGUCCCCGGAGAAACACUUCAGCCCUAUCGUGGAAAUGUCCGUGCAGAGUGUUUGUGGGCUAGGCAGCCUGGGUGCGGUACAUCAGUACAUCCCAGUGGCUUAUCUCAGAGGCAACUUAGUAGCCAUCAAGAAAGUACAUAAACAGAAGAUCCGGGUGGAUAGGCAGCUUCAGAUGGAAAUGAAACAGAUGCUGGAGAUGAAACAUGGAAAUCUGACCACAUUUGUCGGAGCUUGUGUAGAAUCACCGUUCAUCUGUUGUUUGUGGGAAUAUUGCAAAAAAGGCAGUUUACAGGAUGUCAUACAGAAUGAGGAUAUUAAGCUGGAUCUGAUGUUCAAGUUAUCCAUAGCUGCUGAUAUUUGCAAGGGAUUAGAAUACAUCCAUAAAAGUCCCCUGGUAAUCCAUGGAAAUUUGAAGAGCUCAAACUGCGUGAUUGAUAGCAGAUGGACAUGCAAAUUGACUGAUUUCGGUCUUACCACCUUCAAAAAGGGCGAGGAGCAGGAUCCUGAAAGGUGUGGGGAGCACGCGCGGUACGCGGCUCAUUACUGGACAGCACCAGAAGUGUUACGGGCCUUGUACUGCUCGAAGUCUAAGAUUGUGCAACGCACUCAAGAAGCGGACAUUUACAGCUUUGCCAUCAUCGCCAAGGAACUCAUUUGCAGGAACGACCCGUUUGCAGAAGAAUCUCACUUGUCACCUAAAGAAAUUGUGAAGAAGCUUAUGCAGCCCGAAUUUGGAGUCCCGUUUCGACCACAUAUAAGUGAUGACAUUGAACUUAAUGACAACAACAACGGUCAGGGAAACUCCCGUGUGGUCGUAGAGGUCAUCAGAAUGUGCUGGUCAGAAGAACCUGCUGACAGGCUCACCAUGAAAGCGGUCAUCAGGAAAAUGAAUAAAUAUAAUCCCUACAAAAAGACGAAUGUUUUGGAUAACAUGAUUAACUUAAUGGAGAAAUACUCAAAUCAUCUUGAAGAGCUGGUGAAUGAAAGGACCGGACAGUUGGAGGAAGAAAAGAAAAAGACAGACGACCUUCUGUACAGGAUGCUACCAAGAUCGGUUGCUGAAAAUUUAAAACUGGGGAAAUCGGUUGAAGCUGAACUUUUCGAGGCAGUAACAAUUUACUUCUCUGACAUCGUUGGGUUUACGAAGCUAGCAGGUGAAAGCACGCCGAUGCAGGUCGUUGACUUUCUGAAUGCUCUGUACACCCUGUUUGACGACACCAUCAGUGGAUAUGAUAUUUACAAGGUGGAAACAAUUGGAGACGCAUACAUGAUUGUUAGUGGACUCCCAGUUCCAAAUGGAAAUAAACAUAUUACGGAAAUUGCCGAUGUGUCUUUGGACAUUCUGAGCAAAGUCGUAGAUUUCAGAAUUCCCCAUGACAAAGACCGUAGACUUCAAAUACGAAUAGGUAUUCACUCUGGGUCUGUGGUAGCGGGAGUUGUUGGUCAAACCAUGCCGCGGUACUGCCUGUUUGGAGAUACUGUGAACACAGCAUCGAGAAUGGAAUCAACGGGCGCCCCCAUGCAUAUCCACUUGAGCCCCAACUUUCACGCAUCCCUUUCUGCAUAUGGAGAUUAUAGGACAAAACAGCGGGGUCAGGUUCAAAUCAAGGGUAAGGGCCAAAUGACGACAUACUGGUUGUUAGGGAAAAAAGGGUUCAAGGGCCACCUCCCGAUGUCAUCGGAGCCAGUCAUAAACAGUGACGCGAAAAAUGAUCCGCCUCACGUGACAGUUACCAGUUGUGACGCCAUGGACUAUCCGUUGCCAAAACUCGCUUCUUCAGCAAAACCAAAGACGUUUGACCCACCCACUGGAAUGCCAACCACAAAGGGUAUCGGGUGCAAUUCAGGAAAUCCCUUGGCAGACCUUAAUGAUCCUUAUACGUCAACAGCAGAACCGCCGCCGGUGGAAAGCACAGAACGAUAUUUCGACGUUAAAUUGGGUAGCGCCAUAAACACAGUUAACCCAUAUCCACAGUCUCACGAUAUUCAAAUGGAAGCUGAAGUAUUAGACUCAGACCACUCCCGUAAACGUGGUAUUGUUAUCUCCAGCACAAAGCUUUAGCGACCAUGACAAAUGGCUAUUCGUUGUUCGCCAGACAACCCUCUCAUGUGUCACUGGGCAAGAGGAAACAGGGCUGGGCAGAGUUAACACAUACAGUUCACCCUGUAAGCCGACUAAUCCUCCCUGAACAAGGAAAUGGAACAGGUGCACUUUCUUUUCAUUUCUUAAACGGUAAAUUGAUGGCGGGGCCUAUUUACCAAUACGAUCGCAGCUCAUGUGGCUUCCCCUCCUUCUAUGGAAGGCCUGCUAACAACCUGUGUAUGAUCUGAUAUCAAGUACGAUGAAAUACUCCCUGUGACUGUAAACACUAACAUUCCAAAAUUUGUGACAUGUUUUAGGUGAAACGCAACCUUGCUCCCUAAUACGGCCUACUGUGAUUCAUUUUUGGAAAUCGUUCGUCUCUCACUUUCCUAAUUUCUCACUUUGCUAAUGUUACUUGCUGGAUGCUCAAUGGUCUUCUCUAGCACCCGUGACUGCAGGCAGCCCGGUGUUUGUCUUAUCAUGCACGAACAAGAUUGUUUCUUUGCUUGCAACAUGCUGAUCCAAUGUUGUGUACCACUUCUUUAUGGGGGUUUUUCUGAAAUAUUGUGUUGUUUCCCAUACGAUUAAAGAACACCAAUUUUAUCAAUAGUUAAAGGUAAAGGCAGAAAAACUUCAAAACUUUUUAAAAAAUCUAAAAGUUUCGGUGAUGAUGACUUCCUUUCUUGUGACCCUUUUCUUUAAACUUAGGACUACAAGAGGCUUUGUAAGUUUCACAUUAUGGUAUUAGUUUAAUUAUUUACUUAAUUGUUGUGUAACUCAAUACUCAAAUAUGUUAUUAGUAUUUCUGUUUAAGUAAAACGUAAAGCAAUACCGGUGUAAAAAGUUUUGCAGAUAUUGAGUAUUUCUUUUUUUCACUUCUUAAUUUAUGUGACCUAUUAAGAGUAUUCGAGUAUAUUUCAUUUGUGUAGU